GUGAAUACACUCGUGAGCCGUGACUGGGGUUCAAUCAUACUCUCAGUGUCCACUCACACUGCCUACUUUGUCAGCGGCCUCCUGUCUGUCGAAGUAACCUAUUGUACAAGUCACCACUUUACAUUACAUUCAUACAUACACCGCCUGGGUAAUUCUUUGUACACGUCUCCUCUACAGGCUCUACUGUGGUGAUAAGUGAUUUAGACAUUGGAAUGCGAGUUAAGUACUCGAGAUAAUCAAUACAUAGUACUCCACUUUUCAUCUCAUCCCACGCCCCACGGCCGCGCGGUACAUCAUAAAACUUUAAGGAACAAUAAAUUGGAUAGAUAUUUAUCUAUAUUCACAAUGGAACGACAAUUAUCGAAUCGAGAUCGCUCGAUCUCGCGAGAGAGAGAGAUUGAGGUGUCCACACUCGCGCUAGAUCUACCGUCGGUGGCGGAAGAGUGCUUCAUUCGUACACAGACUUUGCAAGAGAUGAUUGGGCAUAGCCAGGCCAGCAAUGCAAUCGUGGUGCCUGCCGCACCAGAAAAAGACCACGGGGAAACACUCAUCGUGCCGGUACAAAUGCAUGAGGGUCCCAAAAGCACAGAGGAUGACGAUACUGAGAAGACUCCUCUAUUAGGAAGUGUGUUGAACCACACGGCUAUCGCCACAGACGAGUCCGGCUCUAUGGAUUUGUCCCAUUUGUUUAUGAACAUUGGCCGUGGCGGAAGUGGCGAUGCUGAGGACGAUGUUAUGUCGCACAUCUCAUACGCCAGUCACAUGUCGCGAUUCAGUCGAUUCAGCUCCAGUACACGCCACUCUGUUGUAGAGGAAAUGAUGCUGGAGAUGCCAAUUGCCAGUGUGCCCAACUACCCGCAGAUUCUGAUGCUACUAGAACAUCAGGAAGAGGGGGGUGAGCAAGUGGAGAUGUAUUUGGCCGUGGCUCAGCCAGAAGCAGAGGACCAAGUGCCUGCAGACCAACCAGAGACCCUCUUAGAUGCCCUUCACAUUCCCAAAAUCUUCCCCACGCUACCCGAACUCCCCACGGAUAUCGAUGACAUAACGCUUCGAACGGAAGGAGAUUUGCAACACACUACGUUUGUACUGCGCGUUUCACGGUCAGUGAAAGCCCUGGGAUACUUCAUUACGAUAUUUGCCAUGUUGUCGAUCUCAUGCCUGGGCCUGGUCACCAAGCAGGUGUCAUCGACCGGUGUGAGUGAGCCGAUGAUUGGGCUGUGGCGAUCCACGUCCAUUACACUGUGCAUUCUGCCGUUGUCGCUGUGGCAGUUGUUCUCCACACCCAUUGACGAUCUCAGACACAUCUUGACACGGCCUGUACUGAUGAAGAUGCUGUAUUGCUCGAUAGGCUACACUAUAUGGGUUAUAGGCUUCUUCGUGGCGCUCGCCUAUACCUCCGUAACCCACGCGUAUCUGUUGAACACCUCCGUGUGUGUAUGGUUAGUGGCACUGAAACAGUUCCAAACACCCGAGAUUGUCGUACCGAUGGAGCGCGCGGGGGCUCUGAUUGCCCUGGGGGGUGUCCUGUUUAGCAUUGUGGGAGGAAUGCCGGGACAGGACAGGGACAAGAUAUUCAGGAGCUUGCUGGGUGACGCCGUGGCAUUUCUCAGUGCAGGAGGUGCUGUAUGGUAUCUGCGCUACGGAAAUGAGUUGAGAGCGUCCAUGCCGCUGUUUUUGUACAUGCUGCCUGUACAGGGCAUCACAGCGAUGGUGCUUGCUAUGUAUGUGAUGAUGACAGAGCCCUUUAGUAUAGGCAGAGAUAUACACGAUGGGUUGUUUGGGUGGAUGACGGAUACCUGGGUACUGGAGGGUCUGUUCCUGGGCAUAGUAACAGGGCUGCUGGGUGUUGUCACGUACAUCGCGGCACUACGCAUGGUUCCGGCAGUGAUUGUGAGUGCUGUGAUGCUCUUAGAGCCACCCACAGCAUCAGCUAUGGCCGUCAUCGCAGGCUAUGAGACUGUAGGGGCCGCAACUAUUGCUGGAGGGGCUGUCUGUAUGGUCGGCAUUGCGCUCAUAACGGCCUCAACACGCAAGAGAUCAACGGACGUCGAUGUCACAAAGUUCGUCAAUUAGAUCAGCACCAAUCAAAACGCGGCAUUAUAUCGAAACACUGUAAAGCACCAAUCAAAAUGCGACAUUACAACGGAAGUACUUCAUACUUGUUCAAAUGCCGCUAUGCGCGAGCCCCUGUACUAGCGCACGGCUCAAUCUCAAUAAAUUUAGCAAAACCUCAC